CUACGUCGCCACAAGAGUUUGAAAACAACAACAACAACACGUGCCUUGCUGGUUGUUUUGAAAGAAAGAAAGAUGAGUUUCGCCGAGUUCAAGUCGAAAAUCGAAAUGGGCGACACGGUCAUACUGUACCUGUCGGUGACCUCGAUAUUCCCCCUGCAGGUCGAGGCCAAGAUGAAAAACAAGAAGGGCGAGUUGGUGGACAACGUGUUCCAGACGGUGUACGGCGCCCUGAGGGUGUCCGAGCUGCAGGGCCGGCGCUACGGCACCAAGGUGCCGCUGUCCAAGGGCUGGGCCUACGUGCUGGCGCCCACGUGCGACCUCUGGACGCAGUGUCUGCCGCACCGCACGCAGAUCCUCUACACGCCCGACAUUUCCCUCAUUUUGAUACAGCUCGAGUUGAAACCGGGCUCGAGGGUUGUUGAAGCAGGCACCGGAAGUGGGUCUCUGUCCCACUCGAUUCUGCGGACGAUCAAGCCGGACGGCCGCUUGCGAACCUUCGACUUCCACGAAGUCCGCGCCACCACCGCCAGGGACGAGUUUGCCCUGCACGGGUACACGGAACCCUUGGUCAGGGUCAUCCACAGGGACGUGUGCGCCCAGGGGUUCGCCGUCGACCCUGCCGAGGACAAAGUCGACGCCGUCUUCCUCGACCUGCCCAUGCCCUGGGAGGCAAUUCCUCACGCUAGAAACGUUUUAGUUCCUGGCGGAAGGAUUUCAAUUUUUUCCCCCUGCAUCGAGCAAGUUGUCAAAAGCAAAGAGGCGCUGCUGAAGAAUGGCUUUUUCGAGGCCGAGAUGCUCGAAUGCCUUUGCAGAGAUUUGAAUGUCCAGUACAGGACGCAUGCAAAACUCAACUUGGAGGGUCCUGAAGAGCAGCAAAGAUUCAUCACUAGUUUUCCGGCAGCAACGGUUCCUGGUCACACUGGUUUCCUUACAUUCGCAACCCUGAAGCCGUGGAGGUCUUCGUAGUUCUUAAGGUUGAUUUAAAAAAUACAAAAAUAAUCUGAAUGAAUCUGUUAAAUAAGAAUUUUUAUGUAAUAACUGUAUUUUUCUUACAACCAUUCUUUAUCUUGUGUGGAGAACAUAAUUUCUAUUUUUCAUUAAAAAAAUUCUUCUCAAUAAUGUACUUGAUUUUGAAAAUAUAUUUUUUGUAAAUCAGUUGUUUUUUCAACUGGAGAAAUUCCUUUUUUUUAUAAUUUGUAAAUAAUGCGCCGUUAUGAGAAUCUUUUGUUGUGUUUAUUUCGGAAAGAUCGUGAUCAAAAUGGUCUUGAAAUGGAUAUUUAUUUGUUGCAAAAUAGAUUGUGGGAAUUCCAGAGCAGCAAUACAAGAUGCAUUGAAGCGGGAAGUAGGAAAAUCCAAUGAACGGUAAAGGUGGCAAGGCUAAAAGUAUCCUGAAAUUAGAAAUGUAUGCAACCUGCCUUUCAGAGAGACACUGCCGGUUGCAUAAAAACUUAAAGACUGGCCGCACCGUCUGGCUGCUGCUGCCACCACUGCUUGCGGACCAAUUGCUUAAUUCUGCACUUAUAAUUUUUAAUUUUCUUCUACGUUUUUUCCAAUAAUUCAUUGCUUUCCAUAUUUAAUUGUUCUUUAAUUAAAACUGUACGCAAAAAGUUAAUUUCCAUUUUUUGUACUAAUUAUUGAAGAACUUGGCUUGGCUAUAAUUAUUGAUUAUGAAAUUGUAUGAGCAUGGUAUUACAA